AUGACUGAUCAAGUUCGUGCGUCUCAUCUGCUUAUUAAGCACAGUGGAUCACGUCGUCCUGCGUCCCGUCUAUCCAGUAACAUUACACGCUCCAAGGGUGAAGCUAUUGACCAAUUACUUCAACUACGUGCUCAAAUCGUGUCAGGCCAAGCGAAAUUUGAAGAUCUCGCGUUACAAUACAGUGAUUGUAGCAGUGGCACACGUGGUGGUGAUCUUGGUCCCUUUGGUCGUGGUGCGAUGCAAAAACCCUUUGAAGACGCAACAUUUGCAUUGGCAGUGGGUGAAUUGAGUGAUGUGGUGGAUACGGACAGUGGCGUUCAUAUCAUUCUUCGUACUGCGUGA